AUGGAUUUCUCCAGCCUCAAAGAUCAGGUCAGCAACAUGACCUUGUAUGAUCUCAAGGCCGGCGUUCGCAAGGUUCAAAAUGCUGUCAUGAACUAUACCGAGAUGGAAUCCAAGGUCCGGGAAGCUACAAACAAUGAACCCUGGGGUGCCUCGACCACGUUGAUGCAGGAGAUCGCUAAUGGAACACAUAACUACCAAUUACUCAACGAGAUCAUGCCCAUUAUCUACAAGCGAUUCACCGACAAGGCUGCAGAGGAAUGGCGACAGAUCUAUAAGAGCCUCCAGCUUCUCGAAUUCCUUGUCAAGAACGGUUCCGAACGAGUCGUCGAUGAUGCACGAUCUCAUAUGUCCUUGAUUCGGAUGCUCCGGCAGUUCCACUAUAUCGACAUGAACGGCAAAGACCAGGGUAUCAAUGUGCGCAACCGGUCUUCCGAGUUGGUGAAGUUGCUGGGUGAUGUGGAUCAGAUUCGGACUGAAAGAAAGAAGGCCAAGAACAACCGCAACAAGUUCAGUGGCUUUGAAGGUGGCAUGGGUGUCGGAGGAGGCAUGUCCAGCUCGGGCUCGGGCCGCUAUGGAGGCUUUGGAAGCGAGAGUAUGGGGUACGGUGGAUACAGCGGAGGUGUCUAUGGUGACGGUGGCGGUUUUGGCGGGGAAUCUGGCGGGCAAGCUGGCGUCGACUUCCAGGACACUGGACGUCGAUCCAACCGCUUUGAAGAAUAUGACGAGUAUGAUGAGGCAGAUGCCCCCGCACGCCAUCGUGAGCCCUCCGCCCGGGCGAAACCACAAGCAAAGAAGCCCGAGCCAGCUCCUGCACCUGUAGCAGACCUCUUCGACUUUGGCGACGAUGAGCCUGUCACUACCACAGCUUCAACUUCGGCCGGCAAAAAACCCGCCAGCGGUGCUCUCAACAUGCUAGACCCAUCCCCAGUUGACGACGACGAGUUCGACGACUUCCAGUCCGCAACCCCAGCUGCCCAGCCUACUCAGUCGCCAAACCAGUUCGUUAUUCCCCCUCCAGCUUCCACCGCCAGCACAAGUUCGAACACCCAAUUCGUUGCACCUCAGCCAAUCUCGGCCUCGCAAGGUGCCAAUAUCAACGGCUUAGUUGGAUUCAAAUCGGCUACCCCGACUCCUUCUUCCAGCGGGAUGGCCACUCCCCUUUCUCAGAUGGCCCCGAUCCAACAGCAGAAGCCCGCCGGGUACCAAGCUGCCACACCCAACUACUUCACCUCCGUUCAUGUAGCCCAAAAUUCUGGGUCCUCUCACGCUGCUAGUCCCUCCCUAGCUUCCCCCUCAAGCACAACGAGCAAGCCAGCCUUAGCAACAGCAACAGCCAAGAAGUCCUCUGGCGACGCCUUCGGCUCGCUGUGGUCUACCGCUAGCGCCAGCGCCGGCAUUCAGAGGUCCAACACUGGCACAAACAAGGGCCCUAACCUCGCCAGCAUGGCCAAGGAGAAAGCCAGCGCCGGAAUCUGGGGCGCCCCAGCUCCCUCCAGCACCGCUUCCACGCCUAGCCAGCCCCAGCACAAGCAACAGUCUAGCUCGGCUUUUGAUGAUCUGCUUAGUUGA